AUGGAAGGUAUCGAAGAAAAGUCUACAGAAACAGAGAUAGAGUCAGAUGAAACCCCUACAACCGAUCAACAUAUUAAGAACACCAUCGUCCCAGAAAUUGAUCAACAGUCGAUCAAAUCAUAUCGUGAUAUGGUAGUCAACAAUGGAUUUGAAAAACUAAAUCCUGAUGAAAUUGUUGAACUUGUGGCAGAGGACUAUAUCGCUAAAUCCGACCCCAUGGAUAUGAAUAUGGAGAAUCAGACUCCCUUCAAUCCAAAGCCUAAUAUUGAGGUGUCUCUAGAAGAAUAUGAAGAAUGGUGUCGAACAUGGAAGUUCUCUUUGAUUGUCAAGCCUCUUGGAAAACUGGUUAAUCUCCAGGCUAUAGACCGAUGGGUGCAGCGAAGGGCCAUGGAUGAUAGCGGACCACUACCUUCUUGUGCAAAGAUGGAGACCCCCCUCUUUAUGCCAAUGGAGACACAAGUACAGAAAAUUGCUGUGUGGGUACGAAUUCCUAAUUUACCAGCAGAGUUGUACAACAAAUAUUUCCUCUGGAAGGUUGGAAAAUCUUUGGGUACAAUGCUUAAAGUUGACGAAUUAACCUCCAUCCACUAUAGAGGAAAAUUUGCUUGUAUUUGCGUUGAGAUUGAUCUAAAGAACAAGUUAGUUCCCUCUUUCUUAGCUUUAGGAAAAGAAUUCCACAUCGAAUACGAGGGCCUUCAUGAAAUCUGUUUCAAGUGCGGGAGAUACGGUCACAAGCUUGAUCAAUGUCAGGAAUCCGCAGGUGUCAUCCCCAUGGUGGCAGCGGCGGCGGUUAGUGGAGAUGGAGGAUUAGCGGCAAAUGCUGAAAAGGAAAAGGAGAAAAAUAAGGAAACCAUUAAUGGGAAGAAUCAACAAAAUAGGAAAGAGUAA